UGAUAAGCACAAUAUGUGUGUGUGUGUGUUUAUCUUUAUUUAUUAUUUUCAUUUGUUAGGGGCAUUUGUUAGGACAUAAAUGUUUCCAUUUGAUUCACUGUAGCAAUGUUAGCCUUAGGCUAAUUUACAGUCAGUUCCUCGGCAGGGCACGGCUUAAUAUCCAACAGACAACAUUAACAAACCACAAGACAGAUCACACAUGCUACAUCAAUAUUAUGCCCAUUGUGACACACACGCUCAAACACACCUGGUCAGCACCAUGUGUGUGUGCGUGCGUGCGAGCGUGUGUGAAGGGGGCUUCAAAUUGUCAGGGGACCUAUGCGUAUAAAUCCAUUGAAGGAAACUGGUGUGCGGGCGCGCGCGCGUGUGUGUACAUCAGAAAUUACCUUUGGUUGUGGUGUUUCCCAGGCUGACCUGACAUAUGCCAGUAGCGUGCAGGCAGGUGCACGGCGUGGGAUUCAAGAAUGUAAACAGCAGUUCGCGUGGGACCUUUGGAACUGUCCCGAGAGCGCACUACUUCUGACUGCUCCUGGAACACUACGCGCAGCCACCAGGGAGACGUCAUUUCUACACGCGAUAAGUGCGGCAGGCGUCAUGUUCACGCUCAUCAAAAACUGUAGUUUGGGUGAACUCGCCAACUGCAGGUGUGACAACUCCAGGAAUCGCCAACCAGGUGGCCGCGGGUGGACGUGGGGUGGCUGUAGUGAUAACGUGGAAUUUGGCGAGAGAAUCUCCAGACAAUAUGUUGAUGCGCUUGAAACUGGACAAGAUUCGCGAGCGCAGAUGAACCUGCACAAUAACGAGGCUGGCCGACAGGCUGUGAAGAUCACCAUGAGGCGCGUGUGCAGGUGUCACGGGCUUUCACAAAGCUGUAGUUUACAAACCUGUUGGAUGCAGCUCGCGGAGUUCCGAGAUGUGGGGAACUACCUGAAGGUGAAGCAUGACCAGGCGCAGAAGCUCGAGAUGGACAAGAGGCGCGUGCGAGCCGGCAACAGCGCUGACAAUCGUGGUGCGCUAGCGGACGCAUUCAGUAGCAUCACGCGCACUGAACUCAUCUAUCUUGAGGAAUCUCCCGACUACUGCGCGCGGAACCUGAGCCUGGGGCUGCAUGGUACCGAGGGGCGCGAGUGCUUGCAGAACAGUGACAGUCUUUCCCAGUGGGAGCGACGCAGCUGCCAACGCCUCUGCCACGAGUGCGGACUGCGCGUGGAGCAGCGGCGCGUGGAGACCUCAAGCAGCUGCAACUGCAAGUUCCACUGGUGUUGCACCGUCAUAUGCGACACCUGUACUCAGGUUACAAUCAAACACUUUUGCACGCGGAAACAUCCCGGAUAUCACAGACGGAGAAACCGCGUAAAGUCUAUGCGCUGAGCUAUAUUCAUGCCUACCGUGUGCUCAGGGUGGGAUCCACUGAUUUUGGCUAAAUGUAGGCUCUACUUAAACCUUGAGUUGAUGUAUUUAUUUCUAAGCACCAUGUUUGUACAUAAAGAAAAGCUAUAUGGGGCCACAGGUUUAUUCAAGUGUAUGUGUCUUUUGUAUUCGCUGUUCGCUGUUUGGAAUACACGUCAGGCACAAGCGAAUAAACACACCCGGCGGAUCAACCGUUUGACACCUCGCGACCUGGGCAGUAGCCUACUUUGAUAUGCGGACAUCCCCAGGCGCACGUUGAUCAAUUCCGGCCUUCAUGAAAGGAGUCCCGAGGUAUUCCUGACGGCCGAUCCGGACCACUGCUGAGCGAGCGAACGCGCUCACACCUCACGAGCUCAACAGAACUGCAUAACAACUCAUCAAAAGAGGCGUGCAUGCAUAGACCUCGGAACUACUGGAAAAUAAACACUCGCGUGGUUAAAGUUAGCAUAUUCCGCAUUUUUAUUUCACACAGAAUGAGCUUACAACCGUCUAGGGAGCAGUAGCUAGCUACUUCUUGACUUCCACAAUCUAAAUAAAAGCUUGUUUGUGUCAGUGACCUUCCAAUCA